AGGCGCAGCCGGAAGUUUAGCGGACAGCUGCUUCCAGCUUGACCCCUGAAGGUGAGAUGGCCGUGAAGUGUCUCUGGUUCCUGUGAAGUCGGAACGGGCUCUGUGGACAGACCAGCAGGAGGCCAGGAACCCCUUCGUUUUCCCGCCCCAACCUCCUUUCUUUAAGCCAUUUUCACGAUGCAGCAGUUGGAGCAUAAACAAGUUGUUUGAAUGGUCCAGAACCUGAAACAAGACCAGCAGUGCGGUCUGAAGUCAGAACCAGCAGGUGGUUCCCCUGCGUCUCCCUAUGUUUGAGACUGGUCAGAUUCUGCUCCAACAGCGGUUCUGUCUCUAUAAUUCACUCUGACUGGCAGGCUGUCAGCUCUCCUGGUGCAUGUUUUCUGGAGGUUUGAUUCGGAUUUUGUUCAGGAGCUGAAAGACAAACAGCUGCAUCAACCCCCCUGUGGUCCUGAGAUCAGACCUGGAGUCCCGGUUCUGGUUGUAGCUCUGUGGUGAGGCAGCCCGGCUGCCCCUCUGCCUCCAGAUGAAUGAAGAGCCCUCAGGGACACAGAGACACAGCUGAUACAGGGCAUGCAGGUGUUUCUGCAAAUAUGAUGAAGAAGAAGAAUCCACACAAAAAGCAUAAGAGCAGCCUGGGUCCGACCACCAAAGUUCUGUCCCAGCCGCGACGCAACAUCGUCGGUUGCAGGAUCCAGCACAUCUGGAAGGAAGGAGGAGGACAUGUGGUGUGGAAGGGAACUGUGCUGGAUCAGGUGCCGGUGAACCCGUCGCUCUACCUGAUAAAGUACGACGGAUUCGACUGUGUUUAUGGUCUGGAGCUCCAUAAGGAUGAGCGGGUUCAGGGCCUGGAAGUACUUCCUGACAGACUCGCUAAGUCCCGCCUGACGGACGUCAGCCUGGCCGACGCCAUGAUCGGGAAGGCUGUGGAGCACAUGUUCGAGACAGAGGAGGGUCCGAAGGAGGAGUGGAGGGGGAUGGUUCUGGCCCGAGCCCCCAUCAUGACCACCUGGUUCUACAUCACCUAUGAGAAGGACCCGGUUCUGUACAUGUACCAGCUGCUGGAUGACUACAAGGAAGGAGAUCUCCGUAUCAUGCCCGACUCCAACGACAGCGUCCCGGCGGAGAGGGAGCCCGGUGAGGUGGUGGACAGCCUGGUGGGCAAACAGGUGGAGUACGCCAAGGAGGACGGCGGCAAACGAACAGGCAUGGUCAUCCACCAGGUGGAGGCCAAGCCGUCCGUGUACUUUAUCAAAUUCGAUGACGACUUCCUCAUUUAUGUCUACGACCUGGUCAAGACUUCGUAAAAACUGCGGAUGCCCCGAGGGCGCCACCCUGAGGUGAAAAAUGAAAAAAUGCAGCUCAUGUCGAUGCAUCUGAAACAUUUAACCCAGCACAUGUUCCUCUGACCAUCCAAGACGAAAACACUGAGAUUAUUCCCAACGGAAGCAGGGCGGAACAGAGAGCAUCUCCAGACCCUUAGGGGUAAAUUUUCAUUUCAUUAAGGUUCACCUCUAAUUGGUUAAUUAGUUUAAGGCCGUUAAUACCUUCCAGGAUGAAGAAACCUAUUCUGAAAUAAUUAUUUAUAACUAGCAAAAAAAGAACCAUGAAGUUUGUUGGUUGGAGAAUUAAAUUUUCCCCUUUGCUUGGAUAAAGCAGAUUAAUAAUAGGUGAGUUUUAAACUCCAGUAAAAAAUCUGACUAACAGAAAAAAGUAGCCGGAGCCUGUCCUUGGGUAGAGCCAGAUUAUAAAAAUUCACUGAUCACAUAAAGUCCAUGAGGAGAAGAAGAAGAAGGAUCCAUAGACUGGAGCUCUGGGACAGAAGGAGUUUUACUGUUUGGACUCUUUAACGCAGAGUUUAGGAUCACUCCUAAUAAAGAUGGGAAUAUGGAAGCCCAUUUCUACCAAACAUCAAAGAAAACCGUCAAAUUAAAAAUAUUACCAUGGAUUAGUAUUAUUACAUAGGAAAAAUUACAUAAGGUGGCUGAAAAAUAUUAUGUAAGAAGAUAAUUUUUUUACACUUGGAAAAAUUAGAACAAAAUUAAUUAGUUAGCACAAAUUAACAAUCUCUGAUCUCUUUUUAUAAUAGAAAAUUUUACUUUUAGCCAGUAUCUCAAAUUUUUGCUCAUCGUUAAAAUUUUGCCUUUUGAGAUUUUGUAUUUAUUUUUAUUUUUGUUUGAUAAUGUCAUAAUGCCAUUUUAAUGGUGAUUUUUAUCAGGUGGAGAAAACAGGGCGGCCCAGUGACAGAAUAAUAAAGGACAGGAAGUUUAGUGUCAAAAAUAUCCAGCAAAAAAAGUUACAUGUGUACCUAUCAGCCUCCACACUUACUGACACCCCUGGUAGUACUGGAUUCAUCCCAGUGCAUUCAUUCAGUGAUACAAGAAAAUCCCACAUUUAGGAAUAAUGUUCUUCAGCUCAGUUCACAGGUUUCUGCAGGAUUUAGGUCUGGGGACUCAGAAGGUUAAUUUUGUGUUUCUUUGUUGAUUUGUCCACAUGUUUCGAUCGUUAUCCUGCUAAGAGACAUGGUGAUGACCCAUUUUAGUUUUUUGGGAUUUUAUUUUUAGUGUUCUGGUAUUACAAAGAAUUGAUGAUGCAAUGCAGUCCAACAAGGUUCCCAGGAGCAUUUUUAGGAGAAACAGGCCCACAGCAUCCCGGAUCCUCCACCAUACUUACCAAUGGGCUUGAGGUGUUUCAAACACCUGGAGUGUUUGUUGCUAUAAAUCUCAGUUGACCAUUUAACGUCCCAGUAGAGUUUAGCAAGUUACGUGUUUAAAUUUGUGAUGGUAAGAUGGAAAUUGAGAAUGACAAUGGUUAUUUUAUUAAAAUCAAUUCUUAAUGUAGGAUUUCUAAAUGUACUUGGAUCAGUUUUCUGAUGUGAGAUUGUUACUGUAAUAAAUGAUGCCUUCAUUUGAAUACUCCCUACCCAUCUUUACCAGGGAUGCCAGAAAUUGUGGAGGAUGCUGAGUGUGUGCCGGACAGUAGCUGGAUAUCUUUCUGUCAGACUGGUGGAAGUGUUAAUCAUCCAGCUGUUGUACAGAUAAAACCCAGACAGAUGUUUUUUUGUCACAUGUGUGCUACCUACACAGGCUCAAUUUCAGUACUCAACAUUCAGAAAAUAAAUCAACUUCUUGUCUUGAAGACGUCUGCAGGUAAAAACUGUGAAGAAAAACGUGGCUUUUUUAAAAUAUGUUUUGCUUUUGAUCGAUGCCAAAAAAAAAAGAAAGUUCCCUUCUUGUUGUGGAGUUGUUUUGAUGUUCAAAAUGAUCGGACAGCUUUUUCUUGUGAUUUCACUCAAGCCUUUAAAUUGAAUCGUGUUUGUCUUUUCCAAGUCGUCAAUGAAGGAGCAAGAGGAUGGGAGAAGGGGAGACUGGAAAUUUGACCUUUUUCCUGUCUUUUUGUAGUUUAUUUAACUCCCCUGGUUACAGACUGAGAAUCAUUCAGAAGACGUGAUAGUCUUUAAAUAACACAUUGUCAGAGCAGAGCUGUGGGGCUUAAUGCUCCUUAAAUCUAACCAGAAGAGGAAAGGAGAAGAUCAUCUGGAUUGUGUCUGGAACAUUUUGGACUUCUAAAGUCACCGCAAAUGAAAAGAAAAACAAAUCAGCGUUGGAGCUAAAGGCAAGUGAAACUUUCUGAUCGAGAUGUUCAAUGUUAGAGGUCUCAUUUUGUUUCAGUAACAUUUUGUUCUAUAACAAAACUAGCCCUUUUUUGCAAUUAAUCAAAGCAUUACAUUGUUUUCUACACUAAAGAAGUGUAAACCUCUGACACUAACUAAAGAAGUGUAAACCUCUGAUAGAUGUCUGAACGUUCAUUAGGUUUUUAUUUAAAGCAUGUAUACCGUAAGACAGAACAAGGUUUCGCUCUGUAAACACAAAGAAUUUAAAAGCUGCUGAAGGUUUAAAUUUCUUUUUUCCCCACUAAUGUACUUAUGGUUUUAUUUGGAUUUAGUCCAGACUGAAGGUUUUCCAUUAACCUGUUUUCUGUACUGACUGAAACGUUUAGUUUAAGGUAAAUAUUCUCGACCUUUCCUCUGAGCAGCAGCUGAUUCUGAUUUAUUUUGACAUCAUAGGGAUGUCCCAAUUUUAAAGGAAACAAAUGAGCAAAAAUACAGUAAAGGGCAUGGUUUAGGCUACUUCUUUAGGGUUUGCUUAUUGUAAGAUAUUAAAAAUGCCAUUUAAUUCCAUUCACCUUUUCAAGAAUGUAAUAUUUAUGUUUUUUCGUAUCUUGGAUUUAAAUAAUAUAUAUCGAGAUGGCAACCAAUUUAUUCUCUCAGCAGCAUCAUUAUAGCAUAAAGCAUAACAUUACAGAAGGAAAUCAAUAAUGGGAAACAGCUAUAAAACUUUAUAUUCCAUAACACCAAACUAAUUGCUCCUAAAUGCAGUGUUUUAUUUUGUAUUAACUCUGAAAUAUCAUAGCUUUUGGUAUUACUGUUACAAAAAGUCACCUAGGUCUUCAAUGAUGUUGAGAUGUAAUUUAGUUUUGUUAAUAUGAGGAGAAACAAGCUUUGUGUUUAUGUUAUCAACUGCAAAAUAAAAAGAGUGCAGCAGUACAUUAGAAAUAGGUUAGUCUUAUGCAUUUGCUAAUUAGCACAGCUAGCUAGUUGGCAAAUGCAUAUUGAUCAUUAGCUUGUAUUUAAUGAUUUUGUGUGCUUAAAUGAAACAAGUGAGACUGUGAUGUUCCGUGAAAAACACUAAAUCAUCACUGUUCCAACAGUUUUACUGAUUCAGUGAUACCCAUGAGAUGUCAUUUUUCUUCAUUCGAGAAAAAAAAGUACUAUGCUGAACAUCUUUAAUCACAAAAUUAAUAUAAAUGUGUACCUGAUGUGGUUUAAAAUGGUUCUAGUUAUAGCUUAUGCUACAUGCUAACUAGCAUUUUCUUAAAAGGACAGUAGCAUUAUAUACAAGCUAGGUUAAGCAAAUUAGCCAUAUGCUAGCUGUUUUGUAAAAUGCAACUCUGCCUUAUUGCCUUAGCAAGAGGGAGAUUAUGAGUUGAGUCACCCAAUCAGUCAUUAAUGCCUUUAUUUAAAUGACAUCAGAACAUUAUUACACAGAACUAAUCUUAAUAUGACCCACAUCAAAGUAAAAAAGUUUGCACCAUGCUAGUUAGCUUUGUAGUUAAAGUGUAAAUUCAGUUUUACAUUAGUACACUUAAAUCAUUUUCCUGGUUAAUUGUAUAAUGUUGGAAGAAGGGUUUCUGCUUCACUGAGAAUCACUUAAGCAACAGUCUGAAUUAUUCAGUGGCACAUAUUUAAUUGCUCUCAGUAUCAGCGAGUACUCAGUACAGUAUUUAAAAAAUGUCAUAGUUAAAAAGUGCAGUUGCAGUGGUCUAGAAAUACUUUUAGUUUUAGCUAACUAUCUUAUAGAACACUGCUGUGCUGACAGAAAAGAAACUGAUUUGAUGUAUUUUCAGUGACCCCAUUGGUUGUAAAUGCCUUUAUCAUUUUGAGAUUAGGACAUCAUUAGAAAGAACUUCUUAGUAUGACUCAUAUCAAAGUCAGCAAAAAGUUAGCUAAAUGAAAGCUACCUAUUGGUAGUUUGUUAGGGUUCUCCUUCAGCAAUUGGACUUAAAUAAACUUAAAAAAAUAAAAAUAAACUCAAAUAUUUUAAUGUAGCAUUAUGUUUGCUGAUACACUGAAAAACUUUGAACCAUUUCCAACAGUCUUACCGAUUUUAAUUUUUUAAUACUGGUGUUUGAACAAUGUUGAUAUUUUUAUUUUUAAUUUUUAUAUUUAUUGAUGGUGAAAAAGGUGCAGCAGCAAUGGUUUUAAAAAAAUGAUCUUAGCUUUUGCUAUAUGGCAACUAACAUUUGGCUAAAAGUGCUGUGGCGUUCUAUUUAAGCUAAGUUAAGCUAAUUAACUAUAUGCUAACAAUGUAUAGAAUGCCACUGAGUACUGGAGGCUGAUAAAUAAUAAUAAUUGGAAAUGAUAUUGGUGAUAAAUUUUGCUACGUGGCAACUAGCAUAAGAAUAAAAGUACAGUAGCAUUCUAUACAAGCUAAGUUAUGCUAAGUAGCCAUUUGCUGACAGCCUUCUGUAGAAUCCUGUUCACAGAAAUAAAGCUGAUAUUUUGAGUUUUCAGAGACUGAAUCGAUGUUUAUCAGGCCAGAACAAUCCUGUAAAAAUCCACUAAACCUACUAAGAAGACACUUUUAAAGCCAACAAAUCUCAAAUGGUUUGCUAGAGUAAUGGUUUAAGUUUAAAUUUAGUUUUGCAUUGUAUUUUCUUGUUACCAAUGUUCACAAAAUUCAAUAUUUAGAGCGGUUAGUUCUUGGAGAAUUUGGUGCCUUUUUUGGAUGGAUGCACAGAAAAUAGUGGUGUAUGUAAAACCUUCAGUGUGUGUGAGAGUAUUCCUGUGAUGUAGUUAGUUACUAAGGCAGAUAACAGCUAUUAUUACAUCUGUUCUUAUAUAUGUAUAGAAAAAAAAAUCUCCCAGCGAUCUUUUGGUCUCUGAAGCUGUGCAGCUGUUUGGUUUUUAUUAAAAGUAUGACUGUGAUCAUCUCAGCAGGACACUGUUUUAAUUAUCAAACAGACCAACAUGUCAUCACUUAGAUGUGUUUCUAAUUGGUUUAGCCCAUUUUGCUAUAUGUGAUAUCAGACUAUUGUGGUUGUUGUUGGAAAGAUUUGGGCCUUCCGUCAUCCUUCUGCCUUGUAAUAUUUGUUUUUGUAUGUUCAAAUAUGUAUGUUAAUAAUUUUUAUUGUUAAUGGACAACCUUACACUUGGUGCUUUGUCUUUCUUUCACAAUAGUUUCAUUUCAUCCAAAUGACGUCACAUAUUAAUUUGAAGUAAAAUCUAAAAUAACAAA